AUGUCAAAGAAACGCGGGUUUUUUCGUGGAUAUCGCCAUGGAAAUCGCAGUAUGCCCAAGCUGUUGGGUACCAGGGACACUGAAUCGACUCCUUCCGAUAGCAAAUCUAUGCUUGAGAUCGCCUUGGAUAAAGCCAACACCGCCGUACUCUAUGAUCAAGCCGAUGAUUUUGAUGCUGCGAUAAGAUCAUACAAGGAAGCGGUGGGAUUGCUUGAAGGGUUCUUCGAUACGGCUGGCACCGAAGAUCGAACACGUUUACAAAAGAUCUACGAGUCUUAUACCGAGCGCAUCCAAACCCUGUCAGAGCAAAUAGCCACCACCGCCACUGAAUCAAGCAAUAGCACCAUCUCAUCAUCCGAUCAAUCCAGUAUGCUGCAUACUCUCGCUGAAGGCACCACCUCGUGGCGUACGCCUAAAAAGAAAAUGGUCUUUGAUGAUGCAGCAUCCACGCAUACAACUGAUUCAUCCAAAACAACCAUGGGUGGUUUCGUAUCCAUGCUCGCAAAAAGAUCUCAGACAAAGUUGCAUCAAAUUCCAGCUGCCUUCAAUGUUGAUCCAAAGCCAUCCAAAAGCACCCCCAUCUCAUCAACAAGUCGACCUUCAAAGACAUGGUUGCCUUUAUCAGGCACAAAAAAGAAACGACAUUCAUCCGAGUAUGCCAAGGAAAAGUCUGUGACAUCUCAACAAGAAAUGAUACCUCCUCCAGAGUUACCAGUCAUUGCCCCGGUAACCGAUUCAGAUGACUACUUUGAUUUACGAUCUACAGGCGCUGCCGAUUUAUUACUUCCUACUUCACGCUAUUCAUUCUUGAAAGAUCCUGUCAUCAAAUCCACUUCAUCAUCCCCUCCACCACGACCAUCAGCAUCAAUGUCAGCCAAUCCUGUGACUCAUGCAAAGCAUCCACCAUCGACCAAAAAGAAGAAUAACGACAUUCAAUCAGCCAAAGCUAUGGAAGAUGCAAUGGACAACUUGGCCAAAGUACUCGAGGAAUCAUCAAUGGCAUUUACUACAGAGGAGGAAGAGGAGCAACAGCAGCAGGAUGAGGAGGUUGCUUUAGCUGCUGGACAGGAGAAAACAGAAGCACGAUUAUUGCAACAUCAACAACAAGAUCGUCGAACAGCAACCUUUUCUCCCUUUUGGCGAUCAUCACCUUCAUCGGCUGGUAAAAACAAUAAACCAACACUCACGCUGCAAAGGAGAUCAACACGUAUCCGAAGCAACAGUAAUGCCAGCAGCACUUCUUCAUCAACAGCAGCCUCUUCACCUCCCACAUCACCACCCUCACGAUGGGCAUCAUUUGAACAAGCCAGAGCGUUUUCAUCUUUAGCGUUGUCACCCAAAGAUCAACAACAACAACAACGACCUUUGAGCACAUUCACAACCACCAGUAGCAUUGUCAAUACAUCAUCAUCCCUUGAUUCGGCACCUUUUAUGAACCAGCCACCAGCCAUUGUAUCUCCUGUAACUAUCCAUCUCUCGCUCAUGCAACGUCUCUCUCGAAGUAUGGUGGAAGGUGCAUAUUUGACCGAACGGUUGUAUGUACCAAAAGAGCUAUGGUACCAACCCAAUAUCCGACUUCCGGCCUUGGAUGCUAAAUUAGCCGCAUGCGAGCUACUCAUAGCAGGUCUAGAGCGUUUAGCAUUGCUGGAUGAUGUCACCGAUAUUCCUCUCGCUCAAAAGGAACUCUGUCUUUUGGAACAAUCCUUGGACCAUAUUCGAGACACCUUUGCACGUAAAUUCGGCAUCAUGCAACAUGACGAUGAUGGCAACAACCAAACUUCAUCAAAUACAACAAACAACAAUAGCAACAACACGCAUAGCAUCCCAUCAUCCCCCUCAUCGUCCACAUCAAUAACAGCAACUAAAAGUUCAAAGAGCUCAUGGAGCAAUAAAUUGUCCAAAUCUGUUGAACGGAUGAAGCUGGAAUCUUCACGGACAUUGGAUCAUCAAUAUAUUCAAACUCUGAUCAACUUGCUUUCCUCAACUCAAAUACUUGAUGCUUGGCAUACACAGUACUCGGAAAUCCUUCGCUGCGAGCCAUCGGAAGAUCACUAUUUACCACUCUUGGUAAAGGUCGAGGCUGUCACUGAGACCAUGCAGAAGAUUGUAUGUGGCUUUAUCUUGCGAGACUUCAGCAUUCUUUUCAACAAGUGGUCGAAACGGAGUCGUCAAUGGCUCAUCGAUUGA